GGAACGACAUGAAGCACACCAUCCCCCCACCCACUGGCCACCAGCGGGCGGCGGUAUGGUCCUCCACCACCACCGCGAGUCCGCGAUCAAUAUAGGCGCACGUCCUCCGUGCCCAUCAAAGGCGCUGGCGGGAUCGAACCGGCGAGCACGCAGGGCCAUGUCCGGGACGCCCGACGCCGGCUCCGACAGCCAGGGCUUCACAUGCAGCGCGCUGCUCAUGUGCCUCUACCUGCCGGGCCUCUCCAAGAAGAAGCCGGGGGAGGCGGAGGCGGCACCCAAGGAGCCGACGCCGGCCGAGCAUGCAGUGCCCCCGGACGCCGCGCCGCGCCGGGCCGCGUCCCUGGAGUGCGCGUCGCUCAACUCCGGCAACAACAUCGUCUUCGACUUCGCGGUGGGGGACGACCAGCGUCCGGAGGAGCAGGGUGGCGCGCGGGCGACCCACGAGUACUGCCCGUCGCCGUGCUUCGACCUGCCUGCGGAGCUGAUCAGGGCCGGCGAGCGGUUCGCCGCCGGCAGCGACGCCCCCGUCACGGCCGCGUUCGUGUUCGGCGACGGCGGCCAGCGAGGGGGCGCCGCUCUGCAGCGGAUGGCGUCGUGCCUGGCGCCCGGGGUCGUCGAGGGCGGCGGCGAGCCGCGGCCGCCGCACCUCGUGAGGUUCUUGUCGGCGUCGGGACGUUCCACCGUGGCGCGGCCUCCUGUCAUGGUGAUGCCUCCCCGCGCCGCGCCGCAGGGUAAGGCGGUUGACGGUGACCGCGAGCUCGGCGAUGGUGCCUGCGUGCAACGGCUGACGGCAGGCUGCCGGGAGAGCGUCGUGUGAUGGCUGCCUGCCUGACGCUGCACGCAUGAUCAGUUCAUUUUGCUUUUGCCCGUGUAUUGCUGUACGAAACAGACCUCGCCAUUUUUCCUUUUCUAAUGUGCCCUGUAAUUUUCUCGUUAUAUGUAGUUAUUGAAUCGAGCU